AUGACUUCGAAUGAUGACGGUUCAACUUCGAUCCAUCAAGCUCUGCAAUUUUUGGCAACUUCAGGUCGCAUCAAAUGUCUUCCGCACAGGCUGGAGGACGAUUCGAGAUCGUAUAUCCGCCUCUAUAUCGUCCCAGAGGACGUCCGGGGCCGAACCUUACGGAAACUGAGCGAUGAGUCCAUGGCGGUUAAGCGUCAUUUCGACGUCCUCUUUCAAGAAUUAGAUGUCUCUCCUGAUUCCUGGCAUGGAAUCAGUGGUAGGCGCUUACCUUUCUCAGUCUGGUCGACAUCGGAGAAUAUCUCAUUGUUCUACUUGUUCAACACUCUGCCAUCACCCAAUCCCGAUCCUUCUCUCAUCAGCGAUUGUUACUCUCAGAUUGCUGCUGUGGAACUCCUCCAAGGCGAUGUUCCUGGUCUCAAGUCAACGCUAUACAACUACCAAGCACGUUCGGUGGCGCAAAUGAUCCAACGAGAGUCAACUCCUGGGCUUCAGCUAGACCCCCGAUUAGAAACCCGUCGAAGUCCAACGGGGCAAGAGUACUACUAUGGCCCGAGAGACAUGUCAUUCUUCAAACAUCCUCAGUAUUAUGACUGCUGUCGUGGCGGCAUAUUAGCUGAAACGAUGGGCCUCGGAAAAUCGAUCAUUUGUCUUGCGGUCAUUCUAGCCACCAGGCACCAUCUUCCACAGAUUCCGUCGCUGUACGAAACCCCACGGCGGAUUCGACCCAGAGUAGGCAGCCUGGCUGAGAUGGCGAUAGCCUCAGCAAACAGACAUGGAGUUCCAGCAAGAGCUCACCUCGACCGGAUCCAUCAAGAAACCGGCAAUGAAUUUGAAUCUUGCGUAAAACUGGUUAAUUCCAUACCGCCCACUUACAGCAUUCCCCAGGUUCCUUAUCGUUUGAAUCGCUAUACAAUAACGCCGCCGCCGAGGGUCAAGCGCUUGUGUAGUGCCACAAUCAUCGUGGUUCCUUCCAACCUCAUGCAUCAAUGGCAGGCUCAGAUCUCCGAACACGUCCAUGAGUUAUAUCUUGAAGUGUUAGUUGUCGAGGACCAUUCUCAGAAGCUUCCAAGUUCCGAUGAGCUUUCGAAAUAUGACAUACUUCUAAUAAGCCGAAAACGAUUUGAGAUGGAGAUCUCCGACGGCUCGGAUGCAGCUGGCAGACGGUUUUAUCGAGGCACUGUUCCUAAAUUAUGUUAUUGCCAAUACAUGGGCGCAACAAGAAGAAAGAAUUGUACAUGCAUAAAAAAAGAGGGAAUCUACGAGAGCCCGUUGAAGGACCUGCAUUUCCUCCGAUUGAUCGUUGACGAAGGACACCAAUUUUCCUCUCGCACUUCAAAUGCUGUCAAAGUGGCAAGCGAGUUAGUCACAGCUGAAAGGCGAUGGGUUGUUAGCGGAACGCCCGCAAGAGACCGCCUCUUCGGAGUCGAGGACUCUACAUCUGGGAACAGUGGCUCGCCGCUCAUUCUGUCAGACAAUUUUUCCAUCCACGCGUCUCGGCGUGAACGGGCUCUGGCCAUGAGAAAGCGUUUCAAUUCACAGGAAGAGAAGAAUGGUGCCGCGGUCAGCCUCGGACUCCUUGUCUCCCAUUUCUUACAAGCUCAACCAUGGGCUCGGAAAUCCGGGGUGCCGAAGGUGGACUGGGUUGACCACGUCUUCGUGCACGAAGAUCGAACAAAGAAGACGUACAGUGGCUUUGCGUCGUGUAUGCAUCGGACGUUAGAGUCACUCGUGAUCAAGACGCGGCUUGAAGACGUCGAGAGAGAUAUUCAACUUCCACCACUGAAGCACAAAGUCGUCUAUCUCGAGCCGUCUUUCUACGACAAGUUGACCGCGAAUCUGUUUACACUCGUCCUAGCAACGAACGCUGUGACGAGUGAGCGAACAGAUCGGGAUUAUUUGUUCCAUAAGGAUAGUGCGAAACCACGCCACACCCUGAUCUCAAAUCUUCGACAAAGCAAUUUCUUCUGGACCGGUUUCACCGAGGAGAAUGUGCGCGAUGCCCUUGCGAAUGGCGAGAAAUACUUGGCGAAGGAGAAUACGAUGUGUAGCGAAGAGGAUCGAGUUCUUCUCAAAGAAUGCAUGCAAUUCGCGACGAUUCUGCUUGAAUCCCCCGGUUGGAAAGCUCUUAGCAACAGCCACGAGAUGGGAAUAUUCUUGGACAAUUGGCCAGCACAUUCCUGUUGCCACUGGGAUAUGAGAGGCGAAAGCACUCUACCGCUUUUUACUGGGACUCAACAGCUUAUUUUAGCCCAAGCAUAUAUUAAUUCAAGGCUGGCAUAUGCAGAUCCGACUGAGGGCCUUGCGGAAGUUGGAGUCGCUGCCCUCGCGCAGGUCGAUGCUGAGAAUGCUGCAGGUGGCGACGGGGUAGAUAGGAGUACAUCAUCGAAGAUGACGCUGAAGGGAGUGCCUGAAUCCAGCAUCGGCGCCGGCCAACCUUCACCGAAGAAGUAUCACGCGUACACACCAAAGAACAGCCCCCCCUCAAAGCCUCGAAAACGGUCAUCUACGGGCGCCGGAGCGUCCGAUCUGUCGACCGAAGCCCAGAAACAGACCCCAUCGCGCAAACGAUCUAACUCCGCCACGGAAGAGCCAACUCUCCCGCCUGAUUGUCCUCUAUCCAACACCCGCAUCAUCGGAACCACGUCUUCCAAGCUCUCCUACCUCAUGGAACAAAUCCUCCUCCACUCCCCCCACGAAAAGCUCCUGAUCUUCUACGACGGCGAUAACGCUGCCUUCUACCUCGCGCAGUGCCUCGAAAUCUUCCACAUCCGCCACCUCAUCUACGCCAAGACGCUCCGCACCGCGCUCCGGUCCAAGUACAUCGUCGCAUUCGACACCGACGACUCCAUACGCGUUCUCCUCAUGGACAUCCGCUGCGGUGCGCUCGGCUUGAACGUCAACAAGGCCUCCCGCGUCUACUUCAUCAACCCAUGCAACCGGCCCAGCAUCGAGGCGCAGGCGGUGAAGCGAGCUCAUCGGAUCGGGCAGACCCGUGAAGUCCACGUGGAGACCUUGAUUCUCAAAGGCACGAUUGAAGAGGGGAUGUUUGAGCGGGCGAAGCGGAUGACGAGGAAGGAGCACGAUACCGCGAGGCGGAUUGAGGAGGACGACGGGGUGCGGGGGGUGAUUCAGAACGCGAGGUGUCUGCCUGUCACGGCGGAGGAGGGGAUUGGGGAGCGACAGAUGGCGCGCGUUUCGAUCAACGAGCAGAUUUUUGGGAGAAGGGGUUGGAGGUCCGCGAAAGUGAAGUUGGAGGGUGAUGAUGCGAGUGAGCGAAAGUUAUCUAAGAAGCAGAAGAAAGACAGUAGUGCGAUUGGGGGCGGGCAUGCAGAUAUGUUGGAGUUUAAGGUUGGCCAUCACCGUCCGCGGGAAUCAGGGCUAGCCCCCGAAUAAUUUCUUAAAUGAUGAUGAAUGGGAUCAGUUGGUUCUCACCCUUGAGGUCAUCCUAGACUGAUUCUAUGUACCAUAGUUUACCCACGCACUCGUAUCAGAGCCCCCUAAUCGU